AUGCCACCCCUUUUUUCUGAAAGCUUUCUUCUAUAUUUACAACCUGAUUUCACUGCCAUCCUCGUCGCUUUAGUUCACUCUUUUCCAAUCUACCCCUCUUCCCUGCUUGCAGACUCACCCAAUCCCACAAUUGAACUUGUUGCUCGCGCAGACGGUCACAACUCACGACUGACCGAUUCUCAACUUACUCGACGAAAAGCUUCUACGGGUUUUCGAUGUGACAGUCCCACGGUCAGUUCAGAGCUCGGAGAUUCACGAAACGAACGAACGUCAGACAACGCGAGUAGUAAUCCGAAUAACAACAACGGUGCUACAAACGGAAAUAAUAGUUCCAAGCUAUUUUCAAGCCGUCCUAACACUAGUGCAAGUUUGGCCCGUGCGCGUAAACGGGCUAGAAGUGAAACCAAACGUAUGGGGCUCACUGGAUCCCAACAAUCUGCAAAUAUGGCCUUACUACGUCACAACGGUACUGAUGGGAGUGGUCCAGAGGAUGACGAUGAUGAUUUACGUAGCAUCGAAGAUGAAAGGGUUGGAUCGAAUCGGCCUGAUUUGGCUGAGUUUGACUACUCCUUGGACGACUUGCAAGCAGCCACCGAUCUGGAUACUCCUUUACGUGGUCGUCAACGUCGUCAAACAUACCAACUUCCCUCCAGACGUCGCGAUUCUUCUUUGGGUGGUUAUGGACAGCACAGCUUGUAUGGGUCUACUGGCGGCACCCUUCCGAGGCGUCACAGAGGUGACGUGAGUCUGACCCGUGCUACCACCAUAGGUGGGGUUGAUCCACAUGGAACACUUCGCACAGCUAAUAGGCUCGCGCAAUCCAUCCGGACAGGAACCAUUCCGCCCCCUCCAUCCGAACCACCUCCAGCCACACCACUAUCCGGUUCAAUCAUGUCUGAGCUAGGCACAGCUGGAGGAAACACAGCGAAUCUUUUCAAUCCUUUCACUUUGCAAAUGCACAAUCAACAGCAACAACAGCGUAUCAACGCCGCUCUAGUGGCUGCAGUCGCUUCCGGAAGGUUGAAUCCCCAGCUACUCAAUUCGGUGAAUGUGUCUGGUGGAAUGCCGAAUCCCUACAUGCUGACCUGGCUGUUGGGCUUCUGUGACGCAAUAAUCCCGCGGGCUAUACUGUCUGAACCGCAGUUCCUAAAGAUUCAACCGUGCCAGGAAAACCGAAGGAGCCGGUCUGUGGGGCAAAGGCGUACGGUCUUCUGCGACAGGAGGGUGAAGGCCGUAAGUUGUUUCCCUCAGGCGACCAGCAUGUGCAUAUUCAUGGAAGCAGCCAUGCUGCUUUCCUCCGAGUAUGCCCGGAAAGCCGCACACUCCGACAACACAACGGUUGAUCGUGACCAUCGGCGCAUUAUUCAGUACGGUCGAAUUGCUCUCAAAACUGAGUGUGCUGCUGUUCAGAAGACACCUUCUGUGUGCAGUUGUAUUAGGAGUGAGACAGUGAUGCGUCCUCGGGCCAGACCGGCCCCCUCUAGCCUAGUGGGUCAAACUUUCGAUUCAUGGGCUCCCCAAGAAAACCGCAACAAACACUCGCGCGUGCCAGACUUGAGUCAGAGACUAGUGGCAGGGUCCCCGAACAAAACUCUAGAUCCUCCCGCCGCCUUGUUGGUCAGGUUUUUGAGUCAAAGGCUCCAGACGCAUCUCAGCUGUUACAGCUUCAACAACAAGCGGCGUUAUUACAACAUCAACAGCAGCAACAACAGCUUCUUGCUGCAGGCCUUAUCCAACCGGCUUCAAUUCAGGCUAGUCCUUACGGAUUUGGAACGUUGGGUGGACGUCGAACUGACCCAAGCAUUAUUCCUGCUGUCUCGCUCUANCCGGUCUGAUCAAAACACGCAACAACACCCAAUCUACCAACAACAUCCUGUAUCCAUGCCGAUGAGCGAUCUGUCUAAAUUAGGCCUUCUUACGAGUGGGGCGGCACUUCAGCACCACCAACAAAAACAGCCAGAUCAAGUUGACUCCACACUCGUUACUACGUCUCCCGGCAGCCAGGUGGGCGGGGGUUGUGGGGGCUCUGUAGUCUACGAAAAUUCGUACAAUUCGUUUAAUCGAAUGGCUCCUUUUUUCUACGGCGCAGGAGUUGCGCCUAUCCCCGGGGCUAACUGUGCUUUACUGGACUGGAUUUCAGUAAACAGUCAUCUCUACGCGGUUAGGUUGGCUGGUUCAAUCAACGUAUCUCAACGUGUGGUAAUGUUCAAAAGUGACCCCACCGUCUACUGUACCAUUUUCUUUGACAGUCUCUUAUCCGGUACCGUUCCCCCAUCCGGAAGUGAAGAUGGUCUUCAAAGUAUGGUCAACAGUGGCGUCAACUUGGGUGAUGGUCUGACACUUAGUUUGAACGGAGCUUCUCAGACCGCACACACGAUCCCAGUACGCCAGCCUUUUGGAGUAUCUGAUGAGGUCACUCCGGUCACACUGGUCCACAAUGCAAACCCCAUUCCUCCCCUUCCACCCCCCAAUCACCCAAGCUGUGAUCUUAACGCUCGCUCCAUGGACCCCACCUACAUGACGCAUGGUGGUACCCUUGGCUCCUACGGACAGCACAAACCCCAGGUUGCUACUGGUGCAGCAUCUCAGGACACUGUAGUUGUCCAGGCCCCUAAAUCCUCUAAACGCCGUUGCCCCUGGUACUACUGGAUCAUCAGUAUACUUCUGCUUGCUUUCCUGCUUGCCCUGGUCCUGGCUAUUUCGUUUUCUGCCGAAAAACAACACCUUGGCGUUCUCCUUAUGGAACGGUUUGAUCAAGACCCUGCUAUCAUAGGUCUCUUCAAUCCGGAUAAUCCUCUCGUCAAACUGGAACCCAACAAACCGGUCCACAUUGUGCUCGAGCGGAUGGGCGUUUGGUCAGCGGAAUGGCGAAUGCGGACAGCGCGCUACGUUCGAUACAACAUAACAAUCAGCUCUGAACUCACAUCCGUCGGAUUGUUCAUGCGUCGCAGUACAAUGCCAACAAUUGUGAACUACGACCUGUUUGAUCGGAUCAGUGGUCGUACUAUCAGCCCCACCAGUCGUCAGCAGCGAAAAGAUAAGCGAGUGAAACGAUCGCCAGAAGAUACUCCGUCUUACCGCACGCAUACUGCCUCUGGUGGUGCUCGGGAAACCGCGCGCAUUCACUACUUGGACGAAGGUAUUUGGUUCUUGGCAUUGGUCAACGACAAACCAAGGGUGGAGACGCUCAUCUUUAGUAUCGGGGAUGCAACUGAAGUUCCAAAAGUUUGCAAUGGUCAUGGGGAGUACAUGGCUGGCGCGUGUCGCUGUUAUCCAGAAUGGAAAGGACGGGAAUGUGAAGUGCUCUGGUCCGAGUGUCUGGAUCCCACCUGUUCGGGUAAUGGACAAUGCGUGACUGGCGAAUGUCAGUGCUAUCCGGGCUUUUCUGGGGAACUGUGUGAAACGAGCACCCCAGCUCGGAGGAAUCAACCUACAGAUAACUGGAACUCAAAGGCUGCUGGCCGCUCAGCAACGAGCUCUCCUCUAUUGUUAGAUGCCCGUGAUAACGUUCAUGGCUUGAUUGAUUGUUUGGAUCCCGACUGUUGCGCUUCGUCUCAUUGUCGAGCUCUGGCUCGUUCUUCGGAUGGGAGUGCCGCAGAAGCGAGAGAAAGUUGCGCGCACAGUGAGCCGUUUCACUAUCGCUUGCUGAUAACCCAAAUGGCUCAACCAGGCAGCACCUUUUACGGAAAUUUGGAAUUCUUGCUUCGCCGAGACCGAGUAGUGGUGGAUAAUCUGGAUCCCAGACUCAUUUCUGUUGUACGCGGUACGGUUCGCCAAUGGGACAGUACUCCUUUCUGGGGAGUUCGCGUAUCAGAUCAACAAAAGAUGCGUAAUGGCUACACACUGACGGAUGAACAAGGAAGAUUUGAUCUGCUGGUGGAAGGUGGAUCUAUAGUAAAACUGGAAUUCUUACGCUAUCCAACCCAUCAGUUCUCUGCUGUAUAUCAUCUCUAUGUACCUGUCAAUGAAAUCGUCAUCUUGGGAGAUUUCUACAUGUAUGAUGCCCAAUUCUCUGCAACGAUUGCCCCCGGGCUCACCUCAACACCGAAUGCCACCGGUGGUCUGUUGUCCCCCUCACCGUUGAUGCACGACCUGUGGGUUAGCGGAAAGUUUGUGCCUGACGACUUUGGCGAUUGGAAAACCUGUUUGCAGGAUGGUGUGCACGCACUCACUGCUUAUAGUGGACUUCUUGUUGAAGUCGAACGCCGAACAGAUUCCGUUGCGUUCUGCGUGGACUCCACUAAAUCAUUGUGUGUCAACAGUGCCGGUGUUUUGUCCUAUGCUAUCCCGCUCCAUACUGGUCACAUUCUGCCUGUACUAUAUUUUCGGGUACCUCUUCCACAGGAAAACCAACUACGUUUGAUUCACCGAACGGACCGCGCCCCAGGUUACCAUCCAAUGAUUCGCGUGAGACUGUUACAUAACAUGAAUGCCUUACCUGAUCGUCUUCGUGAAAUUCAUUUGGCCCUGGAUAUCGCCGGCUUGAGGGAAAUUCGGCGUCUGGAACCGGAAUUAAAUCUGAUCGAGACAUUCUACUGGAAUCAAACGGACGGGUACAACCGAACAGUGUAUGGACUGGUGAAUGCCAAAGAUUGUGACUCUGGUCAGAUUGCGUUCGGUUCGGCAACGUUGAAUCUGUACGCGAUAGUCACUGAUGCCCUUGGGGCUGUAUUGAUCGGGGACGCUGCUUACCUGCGUUGGCUGCAACCGACUGACCUGAACAAAUUCAAACCCUCAUCUGCCUCGGAAUCCCUAGAUAUGCGUGCUCAAACGAUAUUUCGCGAGAACAACCGGUACAUUUGGCGCGCAAUGAAUUCCUCCCAGUUACGUUUUCUCCAACCCGAUUUGGAUUCCCUGUCUUCGACUCGACCUGAUGUUGGUUACUAUCUGGCUCCUCACCCCAAUUUCGUGAUUAAUAAAUCGAUUUUUGAGAUGCCUGGUUCGUCGAUGAGUAUGCAAUUUGGUUGCUUCGUUUCACACGCCGCAAGCAAGACAAUCUGGUGGCUUGCGGAUUUUCAUCAUCCACAACCAGUGGUGAGCGUAGACUGCGCGGAACAAACUGUGUUUCCGUCACUAACCGGACUUCCGUGCUUAAGACAUCCGCUUGUUGGUCCUAAAGGUAUAGCCGUGUCUCAGAAUGAGCUCUAUUUUGCCGACGGCGAUUCAAUCUGGCGUGUACCGCUGCAAGCAUCGGGUGUAAGCGCCAAACGAACAGUCCAACUUGCGGUUGGUCAUACCGAAAGUUCAACAGGGAGUUGCAUAUUAUACAACCAGUCCGUGCCAGGUCUUCGACUUUCACUUCAUUCCCCAACACACCUUGUCUACAGUGCGUUCGAAGAUGCUGUAUACUUUGUGGAUGGGUUACUUGUCUACCGAUUGCAUUUGCCCACUCAAAUGGUAUCUUUAAUCGUGGGAUUUCUUGCCGAUUGUGUUCCAACCGAGACAGAAACCGGCGAUCGACGCUUUCCUCAGCCCAUCACGGAGUUCCGGUUAUCUCAAAUUAAAGGAUUAGCCAUUAGCCCCGAAGGAGACUUGUAUGUGGCCGAGGCCCGACGUGUUUUUGUCCGAAAAUCUGAUGGACGUCUCUACCUGGUUGCGGGAAAGUCGUUAGGUGAUGGUGAAACAGAGGGUCAGGAUCACGAACAGCCUAGUCCUACAAAGUUGGCGUCUUCGAUGUUGCGUGAUGAAAACACUGGCGUGGUGGAUCUAGGUUUGGCCCAGAAUUUCGGGUUUUACAAUAUCAGUGCAAUUGGCUUGAGCAUCUACGGCGAGCUGUUUGUUGCGGACGCGUCACACGGCCUGGUUUACCGAAUCCAUCACCAUCUACCGAAAAGCUCUCCUCCUUCCUCCAACUAUCGCGUUGUCUCAUCGCUUACGGACGAAGCCUACGUCUUCAACGAACGCGGUCAACUCAUUGAAACAGAAAACGCUGUAACGCAGAUGACUCUGCACCGUCUAGUCUAUCGAGCUCAUACCGUUGAUGGAUUACUCUCCGAUAUUCGAGGGAACACGGUCAAUUUACGGUUUCGCGUACAUCGAGACACACAUGGAAAGCUACUACAGCUACGAACCCCACUUGGUUUCGUCUACAACGUUACCUUGGAACCGCAUUCUCCGCAAAGAAUUCAAGAAAUAAGUAAUCCAGUAACCAGAACUAGCUGGCAUUUUCGCUACUCUCCUUCCGGGCUGAUAACGCAUUUGCGCAGACCGCAAGAUUCGAGAUUUCAUCGCUUUUACUACAACACAGACUCUGGUCGACUGAUCCGUAUCGUUUUCCCUAACGGCAAGACUUUUGAUAUCACUGGCUUGAAUGCGCUAGAUGAUAAGAUGUUAGUACGACAGUUUUCCAAUGCUACCCCGGUGAUUGCCAAAAUCCCUGCGGCUUUGUUGAAUCGCCAAGUGGAUCUGUCACAUUAUCCUGUACAACUGGUCUACGGUGAACCCAAUGAUCGAUGGGUUGCUCAGCUUAGUCAAGUCUACCUGUCAAUAGCCGGCUCCGAUCGGCCCGUUCAUCUGGCCCGGCAUUUACGCCUUCCGGACCGAAAGGGUUUGGCCUCAUUGCAAAACUCCCACUUGAAAACAUACACCUCUUAUUUUUUUAUCGAUACCGCGCCCACCUAUUUCCCUCCCGUACAUAGGGUCGUAUGGACUUUCGCCUUAAAUUCACAAGGGACCCCAUCAGAAUCUCGACGGUUCAUUCGCCAAGCAACCCUUUCUGAGGAACUCGCCACACAAGCGCUAGGACGGCGUGUUUCACGUUCAUUAACGGUAGGUGCUAGGCAUCUGGCCCGACGCCAAACAUCCUUUUCUCAUCCCACGGGCACAUUGGCACUUUCUGGUUUCAAAUCAGACUCUGGUGCGAGGUUCGAGUGGCAAUACCAGAAAAAGCUAGUGGUCAACGGGCAUGAUGUCAUAUACGUCAAAUUUGAUUGGGCACGUCAGUUGGAAACAUACCACCAUGCGUCCACCGGGCGCGUUUUACUCCAAGUGGUUUACAAUGAUAAUUUCCAACCAAUGAAUUUCAACGCCUCCACAACUGUCAGUUGGCAAGAUUCGCGUCGGCGCGACUUUCGCAUUACUGAUCGAGACGAUCGGGAUGAUAUCCGACCUGAUCCCAGCCUUUCCGGCCCGGCUCCUCUCGGUGUAGCUUACACCAGUACACCUUUCUAUCUACAGUACAGUUCCAGUGUCUCCAAACGAUGCCUUCGUGAUUUUCUUCUUUUCAGUAACGGCCAGUUCAGCUACGACUCCAUGAACAGGUUGAAGAUGGCCGAGUUGGGCAAUCACAUGGAUACAAUAUCCUUUCGAUACACUGACCGUCAACUUCCGUAUCAGCCUUCAGUGAUUUCAAUGAAUGGUCUAGGUGAAUUUCGACUGUUCUAUGCCGAACCACCUCGGGGACGGGAUGCAUUGCAAGACAACUAUCGUGACAUCGCAUCCAGUUCGAUCUCCUCAUCCAGUAUGGCUUCUGGAGUCCUCACUCCAUCUGGUCUUAUUCGUGAGUUUUCACGAAUCUCCGCCUUGGGUGUACAGCAGCUGAGGUACAAACCCUGGCCUGGAUGUCCCAACCCUUGGAUAUUUGAAUGGGGUACAGAUCUGCUGUGGUCUGUCUCGACCCCAGACGAUCCGAUCAGCUCUGCCUUGCUACGGUUCAUAUGGCCCAGUGGGUAUCGACGCAUACAACAUUUUCCUCGUGAGCAACAAAUCGUGUUUGACAAGACAACCGUCAAGUGGGAUUCGGCGACAAUGGAAGAACCAGGGCCACAGUUGAAACAGCUGACUGCUGCACCCCAUCUCCAGCUCAUCGAUGUCAUGGCCGGUUAUCGAUUGACCGUUUGGCGUACAUAUCGCGGACCACUGAUUCACACCGUUCGCCUGCAACAAAGUAUUCCUGGAGCGAGAACAGCACAUCCUGAUUUAGGUGGCUUGUUCAAUGCCCGAUUUGUCUACUCGUACAAUUCAAAUAUGAACCUGGUCGGACUACACACACAACUGUACAGCUCAGUAUCGGGAGAGGGUAAGGAUGGCGUGCUCGAGACAGUUCGUACAGUGCGGUUGAUAUUGGACGAAGAAACUUUGAUCAAAUAUGACCCAGUUGCAGGACAAGUCCUAAGCAUUUGCGAUCUGGAUAUAGUUCAGCGACCAUCUGCUCUUUAUAUCACGUAUGCCCCUAAAAGCUUGCAACUUUAUCGGCAUCUGGACGACCAGGGACGAUUACGACAGGUGGUCCUUUAUCCCUUAUCGUCCCGCCGUGAUCCACUGUACAAUCUGUCGCUCCUGUUUCGUCCCAAUUCCAUGGAUGUUGUUCAACGCGAGGAACAACGGGGCCAUGUUCCACGUUGGAUAACUUUAACCCAUACGUCAGGCGGCCUUUUGAAGACAGUCGAACGCGAGGAAGCUGGUUCAAGUCUAAGUUCGCACACUGAACUAAUGCACAAUGCUGAAGGACGCGUUGCACGACUUCGGAUCUCCAUGUCCGAUCCACAAUUGGCUGGAGGUCGGAUAGGGUCAGGUUCGACCAGCCGUUCUGAAGAGCUGCAGUUCAUUUACGACGCGAGAGGGUUGCUGAAGCGCCGUGGAAAUUGGGAAUUUGUAUUUGAUGAAGAUGGAUUUCUAACAGAGCGCCGUCUACAUAAUGACUAUCUUGUUGAUAGAUUUGCUUAUAACAGCAAAGGUUUGUUAAUUUGGGCUGAGCGCAAGUUGGAUCUGGAUACACAGGCAGACUCCGCUUCAUCCUCGUUCGACCACUCUCCUGUCGAAGAUGACGUCGGUUUCAAACGAGCGUUCCGUGUACAAUAUGUGUAUGAUGCCCAAGACCGUUUGGUGCUAGUUCGCGACACCUUGAUCGUUCGUGAUCUGAUGCAAUAUUUCUACGCUGAUCCGAGACAUCCUAGUCGCCUCACGCAUGUUUUCAAUCAUGGUGACCUCGCAUCCUUCCGAUUCCAUUACGAUCCCAUUCAGGGACAUUUGAUCGCCAUAGAAGAAUUUGAUAUGUUGCAGCAAACAGACAUUCCUCCGAGGAAUAGCAAAAACUCAGAUGAACCUUUUGAUCCGGAAAUGCUUUCUUUCUCCCGAUCACAGAGACGGCAAAAACCAAAGCACCUUUAUUUUAUAAUAACCAAUCAUGAGGGAUCACCGGUCGCUAUGGUUUCCGAGAGUGGACAGACCACAUGGACCGCGGAAUACUCUGCCACCGGUGCACGUCGUCUCACGCAACCGAACAGAAACAAGUUUCUCACCAAUUCCAUCCUAGAAGAUGCCAAUGUUCCCAUCGGAUAUGCUGGCUGUCUUGUGGAUGGACACACUGGAUUCGUCUUCUGUCCGGCAACUAUGCGUGCUUACGACCCGCUCGGUGCAACCUACACAAGUCCCGACUGGCGUGGACUACUUAGCACACGACUGUCUACUGUCUACCGAGAUCCAUCGGUUUUGGACACCCACAAAUGGGGUACAGUGGAACAGCUAAGUUUGGGCAUCGGACCCGCUGGGAUGUCAGACCGCUUGGUUAAUGCCAUUCGGUCUCCCGCCUGGUGGCUCAAACAAUCCGGGCUAGAUGUGAACACAAUUCUUCCACAGCUUGACACUUGUACUGGAACGAUCAGUCGCAACGAUCGACUAGAAUGGGAGCUUCCUCAGGUUCCAGCCUCCUUCGAUCUAACCGGCCGUCUUGACACGAUGUUCUAUCGUGAUUGUGGUUCGGAGUUGUUGAAUCAGAAGUUGCAGCGAUUGACUGUGACUCAGCCCAGUCAACUGACACCGGGUGGAUUAGAGGCAAAUGGCCUUCCCGCAUUUUUGACUGGUUACGUCGUCGCCAACGAUUGGUUGCGUUUGAUUCCAUCACAAGACAUGUUCGGUCCUGAGGUUACAUUCGAAGUCGACCGCCAUGGUCAGGUUCAAGUUUUCGGAACUCCUGCUGCGCCGAGUCGAACUGUCACUACCUCCGACCUUCCUCAUGCCGAUGUCUUCACCUCCGUUAAACUUCCAGCGAUCUUGAUUUCGGGUUCGCGUCUGUUAGACUGGUGGACGGAACUUGACGAUUUCUCUGGAAAGUCACUGUUCGUCCAGUCUCUUGCUCGUUUGGGCCAGCUGGCCACAACUUUGAAGGAAUUAACAGAACUUGGUAUAAAGCUCCCGGUGAUUCACAGCCCCAGUGAUUACAACUUGACCGUGCAUAGGAUAGGCUCUGGUCGUAGUGAGAUCUGGUUAACUCGAUGUCUGAUCCAAUGGCGAAUACGCUUCGUUACUUCAUGGGAAGAGGCUCAGUCUCAGGCUCUCUUGGAUGCACAAAAUCGGGGUUCAACAGGAGCCUGGGCCCACGAGACACGUAUGGCCCAGGGGCUUAUGCGCUUUGACUCCGCAUACGUUGCGACCGUGGACUUGAUGGCGGACAGCAGUGCAGCCACUCAACUUCUCCGGUUAAACCACCUGUGGACCUACAAGCAAUUGUCCCAGCUCCAACAGUCCGAACACUUGUCAGGAUAUCGAUGGGUUUCGGUAAUCUCACCCCCCGAAAAUGGAAGCGCACUUUUUCGGCUCUACGAUGAUCCAAGUACCUAUCAGUUACGAGCCUUUUCCAAAGCAAAACUAGAUUCUUCUGGGUGAUCUGUCCAACCGAUCGACCCAAGCGCCUUCCCACUGUGACCACUGUAAAUUUUCGAUUUCAACCAAAAAUCCAUUAUCCUCCUGGUCUUUUUGUUGACCAGCGCCAAAUCUGUACAGACCACAAACACAUUCGAUGACGCGCAACCGACAGAUUACCUAUCAAUGUUCAUGAUUGGCAAAUCUCAAUAAGACAGUUUUCUCACGCUUGCCUUUUCUACGUGCGAUCGAAUUACACCAUCAUGCCCACGUCUACCGCGACCGCUCACUCAGUGUCUUCCACGGUAGUGCUGAUCCCCCCGCCUAUCCCCUGCAUCCCCGGUAUUAGCCGCGUGACAGUCAAUUUAAUGAUUCCUGUAUUUUCGAGGGCUUUCACUUCCUCACAAUCGAUUUUCACUGCUCCCCUCUCACUCGUCAUCCUUCAGAAGAUUCGAUGCACAACUGCUCCUAGGUACUCUCAUCUACAUCUCUCGCCGAAUCUUGCUACGGACCAAUCUUGUCGACCCCAUACAAUAGGACAACCUUCCGUGAGAUACCUGAACUAAGGUCACAGCAACAAGGUGCUUCCUAAUUCUUUUGUUUGCUUCGGCUACUAAUUUUAGUUGAUUGUGUCCUCUCUGUACAAUAUCAUUCCCUUCCACCCUAUCGGCUCUUUUGCUAUCACGGCUACUGUUUCACUGGCUCGACAAUCAGACAUCUUUAUGAUAUUGUUUUUGUUUUGUUUUUUGAACAAAUAGCCCUAUUCAUUUCUUCCCAUGUUUUGUCCUGCUCCAUUGUGGGUUUUUUUAUUGAUCUCGAAAAUUCCGAUCUUCACACCUACUCCAUUGUUCUCCCGUGUAAUCAAUGUAAAACGGAACCUAUCGUCGAACCCCACUGUUCGUGUCUACGUGAUACCCAAAGCCCUCUGCAUCUUUGUACACAACGCUGUUCGCAAAUGUCUUCAACAGUCUCC